GUGUGUGUCUGUCUGUUACUCUCAAUCUCACUUCUCGGGUGUUUGUUCGUCUCACAAAGGAUACGACCUACUCAACGGGCAACGAAGGUGUCAUGAUAACUAUGCAGAUAUUAGUCUCUCCUGAACCAGUUAAACAAGAAGAUGCCUUUUUCUUCCAAUCAUCUCACUGCCACACAGAAGAACAGAAUAACAGCAUUUUCAACACCACCCCUCAUUUUGUUAGUCCUGCUAAAAUCCUUAGUGAAAUCAUUUAGUGUUAU